AUGGGUAAACCCACCCACAAGAGUAUAUUCGUUCAGACGAGAGUUGUAGGCGGAGUAGUCGCCACCAAAAAUGACUUCCCGUGGUUGGUCUCACUUAAUAAGCCACUUUACGGCCGGUAUGUCCACUACUGCGGCGGUGCUAUCAUUCAUGACUACUACAUACUAACGGCCGCUCAUUGCUCUGAUAAUUUUAUAGGCAGAGAAAACGAACUAAUGGUUAGAGUGGGCGCCUAUGACCUGUCCGAUGACGGCGACGGGUAUGUCGUAAGAGUGGCUAAGAUUAUAGUACACGAGCGCUGGGAUCGCGAGAACAACUUAAACGAUAUCGCCUUAUAUAAGACCGACGUUCCCAUCAAAUACAUGAUCAAUGAAAGGACGGGUCGAUACCAAAUCAAUAGUAUAUGUCUUCCCCGCGCGGAUCAUGAGAUGCCAGACGAGGCGCUGAUAGCUGGUUGGGGACAGACGUCUAAAGAUUCGUAUACAUCGCAAGUAAUCCAGAAGCUGGUCGUCCCUUUAUAUCCUACAGAUCAGUGUCGCCUCAACUACCAGAACAUUGGAGAUAUCACACAAAAUAUGGUGUGCUUCGGAGGACAGGGAGGCCGGGACUCAUGUAUGGGCGAUUCUGGCGGACCAUUAAUAGAGGCGGUGGGGAACAGGGCUUAUAUUAUAGGAAUUGUAUCAUACGGUGUGGCCUGUGCUGAGUCGUCAUUCCCGACAGUCUAUACAAAAGUCUCGCGAUAUGUCGAUUGGAUUCAUCAAAAAAUUCAGAGCUAA